GAACCUGGUGGGCGUCUAUUGGAGGAACAGAAACUAGAACGCUCUGUGUGGGUUUCACGUGACACGAGCCAAUACAGGAAGUUACCAGCGACAGAGACAACAGCCGUCAGUAUACGAGCUAUUCGGCUUCAUUAAAAAAUAACCAUGUGCCACAGAGAGAACUGAUUUUGAAGUUAAAAACUCUGCGGAAAAAGACGAAGAUGGAGACGAAAGGAGCUCUCGGUUUCGCUCUGCUGUCCGUCAUCCUAUCGCUGGGAAGCUGCCAAGAGGCUGUUUUGCACAUUUCAAAUGGAAGUUUAGAGAGGGAAUACUGCAUCGUCCACAAUCAGUCCUGGACUCCUCUCCCAGAGACGCUCGACACGGCUACGGCAUUCCCGUUGGUGAACCUGACCUCCACCCUGCUGUGCGAUGCCUCAGGAGUCCGUCCAGAUGUUGUCAAGGACAAAGCGUUGGUGGUGAUGAGGGGCGAGUGUGAUUUCAGCCAGAAGGCUCUUGUUGCCCAGAGCCUCGGUGCUAAAGCUUUGCUCAUCGCCACCAACACAACAAUGUUCACUCCGUCAGCUAAUGAGUCUGAGUAUGGAAAGGUCCACAUUCCUCUGGCUCUCAUGAGGUACAGAGACUUCCUGGCUGCCAGGCAGGUGUUUGGCGAAGGAAUGCAGGUGAAGUUGUUUGCGCCGCCGUAUUCUAAGAUUGAUCCCAACAUCGCCAUCAUGCUGCUGAUUUCCAUUGUAACAGUGGCUUUGGGUGGCUACUGGAGUGGAGCAUGUGAACGGGACCGACUGAAUAGUUGCGCCGCAGGGGGAGGAGGAGAUGGAGAAAACAAGGCGGACAGCAACAGGCUGUUCCUGUACUCCCCCCUCAGCGUCUUGAUCUUUGUCAUCUUGAUGUGCGGGAUGUUGGUGCUCAUGUACUUCUUCUAUAAUAUUCUGGUUUACAUCAUUAUCGCCAUCUUCUGCUUUGCUUCUGCCUCUGCACUGUUCAGCUGCCUGGAUGCGGUGCUGGAUAAAAUAGGCUGCGGCACUUUAAGUUUUUCUGUCCGAAACAAGAGCUUCUCAGUGAGAUCCAUCCUGCUGGCUGCGGUGUGCAUUAGCGUCGCUGUGGUCUGGGGAGUGUACAGAAAUGAGGACAGUUGGAUCUGGAUCCUGCAGAACCUGCUUGGCUUUGCUUUUUGCCUUAACUUCAUGAAGACCAUCACACUCUCCAAUUUCAAGAUCUGUGUGAUCCUGCUGAGCCUCCUCCUUCUUUAUGACGUCUUCUUUGUGUUCAUAACUCCUUUCUUCACAAAGAAUGGAGUUAGCAUCAUGGUGCAGGUAGCUCUGGGCCCUGAUGCAGCAGGGGAGAAGACACAAGGUAACAUGGUGGCGAUCCCUGCUGAACCCCAGGCUCCUUCAGAGAAAAUACCUGUGGUGAUGCGUGUCCCGCGGUUCUCAGCUUGGGCUCAGAACCUGUGUGGGAUGCAGUUCUCUAUCCUCGGUUAUGGAGAUAUCAUCGUUCCAGGUCUCCUGGUGGCCUAUUGCAGCAGGUUUGAUGUCUGGAUCAACAGCAGGAGGAAGAUCUACUUCAUCAGCUGCUGCAUUGCCUAUCUCCUUGGGAUGGUGCUGACCUUUGCGGUGAUGCUGCUGUCAGGGAUGGGCCAGCCAGCCCUGCUCUACUUGGUGCCUUUCACUUUGAUAACUUCGGCCGUUGUUGCAGGGUGCAGAGGAGAGAUGAAGCAUUUUUGGACUGGAACAACCUAUGAGGUUUUGGAUUCACCCAGGGAACCUUUGCUGCCAGAGGGAAGAACUGACCGCUCCGUAGGGGAAAGCUGCUGAGCCCCGACUUCUGGAUCCUUUUUAAUUAUUUUUAUUUCACGUUGCAUAGCAAGGGAACACAAAUGUUUAUUCUGACUUUUCCUACAUUGUGAACUCACUUUAACUGACUUGAUUUGGAGCUUGAAAAGUGCUUGAAAGGGGAAAAGAAGAUGAUGUAAUUAAUCAAUCUUACAGUACCUAAGAGGUCUGUUAUAUUCACUAACAUAAAUGGCAAUGGUUUUGCCUUGAUG